CUGGUGGGUCUCUCUGCCCCAUGUGUUGUCCCAUGUGCUGCCCCAUGUGCCACACCACCACCACAUCAUGGGGGGUAAAAAAAGCAAAAAAAAUAAGGGGAAGGCCCUUUCGUUGGGAGAAUUCCUUGGAGCAUCUACCCCUAGUGGUGGAUCCGCUGUGGUUGUAAACAAAGGCAGCUGGGCUGAGGAAAGUGAAGAUUAUGAGGAGGAUCGUUUUGUCGCUCCGGAGCGCCUGGUGCUUCCGACAGCCCCACGCACUGCUCGUGAGCCAGAUGUGGAUCCAGAAAGAAUUCCACGGGACCCUCCUUUCACUGCAUAUAUUGCCAAUCUCCCGUUUGAGGUUGAUGAUGAUGAUAUUAUUCGAUUUUUCCAAGACCUUAAGGUCAAAUCCAUCCGCCUCCCUAGGGAAGGUGGUGAAGGUGGACGGUUCAAGGGAUUUGGAUAUGUAGAAUUUGAUACCAGAAAUGACUUGAUUGAGGCACUCUCUAAAAAUGAUGAUAUGAUGAAUAACCGGAAAAUACGUGUGGACGUGGCUGAGGGAGAGGGAGGCAACCAGAGGCGAGGCUUUUCUGAUCGUGGUGGUAGAGAUGAAGAAAGAUUAGAUCGUAGUGAAGGAGUUUCUGACUGGAGAGCAGGUCCUAGGGAUGCACCACUAAGAGAUGGCAAAGAUGACCGUAGUCCUGGUCGAGGGGGAUUUGACAGGGACCGCCGUGAUGAAGGCCGUGGUGGUUUUAGUGACCGAGAUAGAGGUUAUGGAGACAGAGAUAGAGGUGGCUUUGGUGACCGUGACCGUGACCGUGAUCGAGGAGGCUAUGGUGAUCGUGACCGUGGUGGUUUUGGUGACCGUGAUCGAGACCGUGGAGGUUUUGGUGACCGUGAUCGAGACCGUGGAGGUUAUGGUGACCGUGAUCGAGAUCGUGGUGGUUUUAGUGAUCGCGAUCGUGACCGUGGUGGCUUUGGCGAUCGUGAUAGAGGUGGUUUUGGGGAUCGUGACCGUGGUGGAUUUGGAGAUAGGGAGAGAGGGUUCAGAGACAGGUAUACAGACAGAGGCUAUGACAGAGGCAGAGGCUAUGACAGGGAUAGAGGCUAUGACAGGGAUAGAGGGCUGAGGGACAGGUAUGGAGACAGAGGCUAUGACAGAGACAGAGGAUAUGACAGGGAUAGAGGCUAUGACAGAGACAGAGGCUAUGACAGGGAUAGAGGUGGACGAUUUGGAAGUGGAGGAAGUCGCUACGAUGAUGAUCGCAGAGGUGGCAGUGGGGGUGGUGGUUUCCGUGAGGAUAAUCCUUGGAGACGGGAGCGUGAUGGGCCAAGAGCACCAUCUGGGGAAAACUCUCUGCCAAGGGAGCGUCCUAAGUUAGUACAGUAUAUUUUUUCGAAGAUGCUAUAUUUUAUGUCUGUGUGAGAAGUUAAUACAGAC